AUGGCGCACUCAAAGCGCAACACCUCCCUCCCACACUUCACAUCCUACGAAAGAAGCCUAUUACGCUCAACAUGGGGCACAAAGCGCAGCGUAAUAGGCCGAGACUCCUUCCUCCCCUUCGCAUCCUGCAAACUCUGUCUCCAACCCGCCCGAUCACCAGUGGUAUCCUGCUCCACGAACGGCGACCUCUUCUGUCGCGAAUGCGCUAUCGCCGACCUACUUGCGCAAAGGCAGGAAAUUAAACGCGGCGAGCGGGAGCGUGAUGAGGCGAAGAAGCGCAUUGCGGAAGAUGAUGAGCGCAUGGCUGAUGAGGCCAAGGCUAAGGAUUUGAGGGAGUUUGAACUUGUUUCUAUGGGGUUGGGUGGUGGGGCGGGGAAGAAGCGUAAAGCUGGGAAUGUGAAGGAGGAGGAGGAGGCUAUUGCCAGAUUUAAGGCGAGAGAGGUUGAGGUUGAUGGUGUGAAGAGGAAGGUUUUUGAAUUGGAUGAGAAGGAUAUGGCGCGCGUUGCGCGAGAGGAGAGGGAGAGGUUGAGGGAUGAGUUGAAGAAGGAGAAGUCCGAAUCCAGCAAAUCCGCCCUCCCAUCUUUCUGGGUUCCAUCCCUAACGCCAAAUACCGACGCCAAUGAAAUCGCUGCCAGCAAAGCCGUUAAAUUGGCGCCUAUUUGUCCCGGGUCCUCCGAGACGCAUAAGCAUACUUAUUCGCUGAAAUCGUUGGUCGAGGUUCAUUUCACUGAGGAGAAGGGUUCUGAUGGGUCGGUUUCUCGCGUUUGUCCGAGUUGUAAGAAGAAUCUUAGUAAUGGGUUGAAAGCUAUGCUCACAAAACCAUGCGGUCAUGUCAUCUGCCAACCAUGUGUCACAAAAUUCAUGACUCCACACGCUGUCCUGGAUCCGCAUGCCUCGAAAGAAGAACAGGCUCAACACGGACUGGUACUGUGUUAUGUUUGUGAGACGGAUCUUACGCCUCGUGAGGAGAAGUCUAAGGAUGCGGAUGGGUCGAAGAAGAAGUCUAAGAAGAAGGAUAAGGAUGGUGUUAAACCUGGUCUUGUUGAGGUUAGCUCUGAGGGGACGGGCUUUGCUGGGGGUGGUGGGAAUGUGGCUACUAAGACUGGUGUUGCUUUUCAGUGUUGA